AUGGCGUCCGAGGAGAAGCGCUGGAGCAACCGGUGGCGAGGUAGGUGGUCUGCUGGAGGGAAGGAACGAUCGCAGUUGCAGGCAAUAUCUGAUUUCAAGACGGCAAUCAACGCGCCGCCCGGCAUCGACGAAAUGCCCCAUACCGGCCAAGCCGGUGUGAACCAGCUGGGAGGAGUCUUCGUGAACGGUCGACCCCUGCCGGACAUCGUCCGACGGCGAAUCGUCGAGCUGGCACUGAUGGGCGUUCGACCGUGCGACAUUUCCCGCCAGCUUCUCGUGUCCCAUGGAUGUGUAUCGAAAAUUCUGACCCGCUUCUACGAAACCGGAUCGAUACGGCCCGGUUCGAUCGGUGGCAGCAAAACCAAGGUAAGACAUCGGGCACGGAUGCAAUAAAAAAAGGAACGGCUGGCCCGGCAAGUGGCAACACCGACGGUGGUGAAGAAAAUUCUACGCUUCAAGCAGGAAAACCCCGGCAUGUUCGCCUGGGAGAUCCGCGAUCAGCUGCUUUCCCAGCGGAUAUGCGACCCGAACACGAUACCCUCGGUCAGCUCCGUCAACCGGAUACUGCGGAAUGGCGGCAUGUGGACGGACGACAUGACGUCGAACGAACAAAUGCUCAGAGAAUCGUCCCAUUCGUCGGGCGCCUACUUGCCAUCGAAAUCGAUGACGCAUCCCUUGUACAGUCAAACCCUCGAGCAGCAUCAGGCGUUGCUCAAUCAGUACCGCUACAGUAUGGCCGCCGUCUCCCCGGAACACGCUGCCAAACACCCCGGAUCGCUGUCCCAUCACCAACACCAUCUUCACCACCAACACCACCCUUCACCAUACGGGCCUCAAGGAGCUCCUGGAACGGGCGUCCCGGUGCCGAUGGUCCAGCGAACGGCAGCCGUCAACAUCAUCCAACAUGAUGGCGCCACCGCCAAGCCCGUCUCUGAUACGGCCCAUCCCCACCACCCUCAACACCCGCUUCCACAUCCGCAGGGUUCGAACCACCUCGGCCCAAAGCCAGCGCCAUCCGCCGUCAGCCUUCCCGACCUCAGCUCGCCCAAGCUCACGGUCGACUCCAAGAGCGAACCCUCGUCGUCCACUCGGUCGACUCCGACAGGCACCACCUUACCUCCGAGCACGGCUCCCCCCAGCGGACAGAUGCCGUACCUGCCGAAGCACUGGAUCUGGAACACGAGCUUGUUCUACGCUGCGAACCGGGGAACCGUUGGACCUCCAGGCUCUUCGGACUCUCCGUCGUCGGCGGCAACGAUGGCGGCGGCGGCGGCAGCGGCAGCAGCGGCUGCGGCCUUCCCCCACGGUUAUUUCACCUACGCCAAUCCCUUCGGUAGCAGCGGCGCAAACUUCACCACGCAGCUCGAUGCCAGUCUUCGCAGCGACACGACCGCUUCGAACGCUUCCUCUUCUCCGGUGCAGAUUACCGACGUCAACAGUGACGACUCGUCCGAUACGCACGACGAUCUUCGGACCGCCAUCUCGAAGAAACGGAACCCGUACUCCAUCGAGGAGCUGCUGAAGAAACCGGACAGCAAGAAGCAGAAGAUCGAUGGCGUUACCAUCACGUGUGUGUCGUCGGGAAAGGCGGCCUCGUUGCUUGACGAUGACAAGUACCAGUACCGCUCAUCACCUUCGGUAUCCCCCUCGAAGUCCUGCCCUUCUCCCACCGGCCCACCCUGUAAAGCUUCCGACUGUCGUUCGUCCGUGUCGCCUCAUUCCGCCGGGGAGGAAACUGAGGGAUCGGCCGGCAUCGUCUCAGCGGUCGUUCGAUCGAAGCUGAUCGAUACCAAUAGCGAAAAUAGCAUUAAUAUCGAAAUUUGUGAUUAA